CCGGUGCUUUCCUUGUUGAGCGACACGAGUGGCAGUUGUUGAGUGAAAUGGAUUGGCCUCGGUUUGUUUCGAGAUCUCGUUAACACUGAGGAUACGAGGGACGGUCGUUUCAAUAUGCCGUAAGAAGUGCAGAAGUUCAGUCGGGAGUGUUAUUGAGCCAGAACGUCGCAAUUUAGGCAGACGAUACAAUCCAAAUCCUGCCCUGUGAGAUCGAAAUACAUCACAGAGAACCAGAAGCAGACACAAGAGCAGAAUAGUGCAGCUAAGUAGGGGAAAAGCAAAGGCAGCAAAACGCUAUGGCCGUUUCCCCGCGGCAAGUAGAUGUAGAACUACAUUCGUUAAAUAGAUGCAUCCGCUGCCGAGCAGUAGAGAACCACUUUCAAGAACUACGCCUCGUCUUCGCGCAUGGGCAGCAUUAAACACUACAACACACAACAGCGUCCACCGACACCACCAGCAUGCCACCUGCUGGCUCUGCUCCUUUUGGCCGCCCUAAGGUCCGCUUUCGGCGAGCAGAAAAGAUACGGGCUCCGUGGGAGUGCCGCGAAAGGGGAGGGUGCAUCAAUACCGGCAAUCAUGGGGGAUGGCGUCAUCUCUGGUGCUGAGCAAUCAGCUGCACAAACAGAAAAUGAGCUCUCAGCCGCCUUCACGCAACAAGACCACGGAGCGACCGGUAUGAACAGUGGUGGAGGCUCGUCUGCCACCGCUUUUGACUUCGUAGAUGAGGCGAAACUAGUACAAGGAGCACCAGCAAUAUCACAAACUUCAACAUCUCCUAAUCCCUCCCUGCGGGGUGCUGGGCGGCGGCAAACGACCACACCUGCGGUGGAAAGUAGAUCAAGCGCAGCUGAUGUAGAAGCGGAAGAUGCGACUCUGUUCGACGCGGAGGCGGCCAUCGAUCCGGCGUCCUCGUUUUUGCUUACGGGGGUACAAGAGGAAGAAGUAGCGCAGAAGCUGGAACAAGAGCAAACUACUUCGGAAACACAACUACAAGCAGCAGCGGCAGCAGCUUCGACUAAAGCGGGACUGGGUCUCGAGAUGAGCCAAGAGCAGAAAGAACAAGAGGAACAAGAACAUAUUCGAGCUGCAGCUGCUGCAGAGGCCACAAGUCAGGAGCAACAGGAGCAGGAGAAAAUUAUAGCCAAGACAUCGGAAGAACGAAAUCAUCUCGAUACCAGUGAAAUAAAAAGUAGAAAUGAAGCAGAAAAAUCCGCAGCAGACGUCGAACACCUCCCAGCAUCGAGCCAUCUGCAAAAAACGGCGGAAACGCCAGUACUGAAAAGCGGUUUCACUUCCGGCGACGACACGGGGUCCUGCUGUUACGGCCACGAAUUACUCGGCAUCACUUUAUUGAAAGGCGAAAUACUACUUCUUACAGCUAGUCUCUGAUGAACACAUCAGGCGUUCUUGUGUAGUAAGUUGUGAGAGGCUUGUAGUACAUGUUGAUCAUGAUAGCUGCAAACUUGGGUCGUUGCAAUCGCAAAGAUCUCAACUAUGUAUGCAUGAAGCACCGUGCCAGCUUGUUGCGUCCGCGUUGACCUCCUUCGCCCUUGACUUUGACAGGGGGAAAGUUAAUAGAAGUUUCAUUUUCCCAGCGAUACAAUGCAGAGGAUAGGAAGCGGCAACAAGUUGCUCUGCAGUCACUGGGAAAAGCAGGGUCGGGAACCGGAAAGAAGACAAGCCAGAGGUACUGCUAUGUUGUAUACGUACAUUGAUGACAUUGGUAAAUUUGUUGCCAUUGACGAAGCAUUUUCAAUUUCAUGGAUGCUUUUUGGAAUCCCAAGCUGUCGUGCGCAGAAAGUUUGCUAGAACAAGCGGGCAUCAUGAACGCAAGACUCAUUGAAAGAAUACUACUUACAACUAAACUCAGGUGUGCCAAGGAGCGUCUGGACCUUCCGUGCGAAUACAAGCUGACGUUCCCGCAGCGGAACCCGAAGGACCCCGACUACAGCUGCUGCAAGCUACAGGGUAAUUCGAAGACAUGCUAUCCACUGCAUUAUUGAUUAUGUCUGGGUCUUCUAUGCGACGCAAGGCGAGCAUGGUUUUGUAUCGAUUCGGUUAGCAUGACUGUCAGGUCUGUCGUGUACGUCACGCAAACGUACGAAAAGCUCCCAAAAUUGUUUGUCAUGCAGACGCUACAGUUUGUCAUUGUUCUGCAGACGCGUAGCCGCCUUCCAAAACUUUAUAUUUGUCCCACUUCAUCCCCCCUGACCCUGAGCGAGUUAAAGGUCUGUUCUUGUGCUGCUCGUGCCCGCAGCACAAGUUUUCAGAGGACCUCCUAUGACGUAAUUUUUGCAGUUGAUUAGUGCGUUCAGAACCCGAAGAUUUCCGACGCUGACGAAGCCACAUGCCGCAUGAAAAGGAUAAAUCCCCACGCCAGGGUAUUACAAUGAAAAAUGCCCCCACCCCCGAACUUGAAAGCAUUUGUAUUGCAAACCUUUCCAAAUGAAACAUUCGCCCUUUUGCAUGUAUUAGCAUCACAGAUUUCCGAUCGUGAAUAGCAAAAAUUUGUAUUGCAAAAGAUCCCAGCAAGAGCUGUGUUUGUCAUGCAAGCGAUGCGAAACACGACUAGACUCUGCAUCAGAAAGAUUCAUACUCCUUUCAUGCAUGACAAAAAGUUUUCAUUUGGAAACUUCGCAUCACAUAAAUUUUUGCAAGUUUGGGGGUGGGGGGCACUUUUCACUGUAAUACAGGGCGGACUACGAAGCGUAUUGGUGGUGGAUAAAGUACUAUCCAAGAAAAAAAGGUUGUUAGUGUAAAUUUGUGAUGCGCAAAAUGCAAAUUGAUUGCGCCUGUCAUGCUGUGCCUGCAUUGUAGGGUCUAUUUAGCGGCGUUUUCCCGUACUAUCUGCGCAUGACAGGUUUCUGCUGUCGUGCGAGAGAUAUUUGUCAUGCUAAUCCUCCAAGAAAGUUACACCCACAAUCUUUUUUUUCUGGAUCAUAAGUACGGCAUCGGCGACGACGCAGAAAAGGAACGGCUGCAGAAAUUACGGGAGCAGCUGAAUAAAAAGUGCAAGGUAUCGUGAGGAAGAAUUAAUCCCCGCUGCCAUUCUGAAAAGGGUAUAGCUUGUCUUGCGGAUUCGCGUAGAAGUCCACACAAUAAAGGCCUCUCUCUAGUUGCAUCCUGCCGCUUUUUGCAAGACAGAGCUGAAUUGUGCGCAAAACAAUAAAUAAUUCCGGAUAUACUUUACUCAAACGAAAUUUCCUUUUCAAAAAAUGUGGAGCGCCGGGUUGCUUUUUUUCACUGGUAUACAAGAAAGAGGCCUUGGACAUAACGUGCGAGUACAGAUUCUAUCUCGAAGACUACGAAGCGGAGAUCGACAAGAAGUGCUGCUACGAAAAUCACUCGGGCACCAGGAACGCGAGUUGUGGGGCUCGGAAGGAGUUGCCGCCAAAGAUACUGGAGGAGGUAAGUUAAGUACAGUAAUUUUUUUGAUGUUUUGUUGCAGGGAAGAACAAGAAGUAUGCUAGCGCCUGCUAUGCCUGUCGUGGUUCUUGUAGGGAGGUUCUUGCAUGUAUGUUCGAUGAACCGAAGAUGAUACAACUUUCUUGCUCGUGUUGGAUGAAAAGAAUAACUCUAUAAUUUCGUGCUACUCCUGCAGUGCGUCGAAGUGGGCCCCAACCCGAAUCCUCCCGACCCCGAGGCCUUUAUCCCCGGAAAUAGAAAAAAAGUCGCGUCAACAGAUUAAAUGAAUCGUGAGUAGUUGUGACCAUGAAGUAUACUCCUUGCAACAGAAGUGCAGUAUGAAGUAUACUCCUUGCAACCAUGAAGUAUAGUACCCCGUACUUUAUGCAUGGAAAAAAUUUGUUCUUGUUCAUCUUCGCUGUUGUGCUGUCUCUCGGGAACAAGAUGAUCAUUCAGGUAGCUGCGGCUCUUUUAUUUCCUCCAUACCCUUACCCGAACGCCUCCGUCCAAGGUCAACGCCAUCGCCUAGGUAUGAUAGAUUUGAUGUUGUCAGAUAAACACGAAAUUCAUAUUAAUACUUACUUACAGCUCCGUUCAGUUGUAUUUUCAUACGUCAAUAUGAUGAUGAUCGCCUUUUAAGAUUCAGCAUUCUAUUUCACUGCACCGCAAUAAAUUAUCAGCCCCACCACGCCGUCAGGGGGAGAUAUCGACGGGCUUCCAGUAUUCCAGUACGCAACUCUCCCUGUCCCUCGUUUGGCAUGCAAAACGCGCAAAAAUCCUGUCUAGGCCGUUUCUUUGACCGUGAUCUUUGCAUGACGACUUCUGGAAGUACUAGCCCAAACAGCACUAUACAUGCCGAGCGUGGAAGAUUUGUCUUGCAAAAAGACUUCAUAAUUCAUCCUCCUGUUGCUAGGAACGCACCCACUGAAAUUGAAGUAACAGGGAGGGGAACUUGUGCAGUCUCAUAACAGGACCGGCAAAAGGAUCCCGAUCCGGACGACGGUGAUUCGGGGAGUGCCGAAACCUCGGCAAGUAUCAUGUGCAGAAACCGAUACCCAUACCCUAACUUCUGGGUCAGACAAAUGCAAAUCCAGAACUUCUUCUGGGACUCCUGCAUGACGAGUUCUUUGGAGAUGCAGUGUAGAGCAGGUGCACCAGGGGCAUCAGAAUAAAGGAAUCGAAUAUCAUCUUAUCCUGAUCAGGGCAUGAGAACCUCCCGAGCAGAUGAAGUAAAAAAUAAGGUCUUUUGAUGGUGAGCAACCGCAUGUUCACGAGAAAUUUUCUUUGCAUGAUGCGCAUCCAUAAUUUGCAUGACGAACAAUACGGGCUGAGAAGUACCAAAGUGGUUUUUGCACAGGAUAGAAAGUUCCGUCGAAACGUCGGACCCGGAGGGAACCGACCCAGAGACGGAGUCGGAAGAAACCUGGAGUGAGUCGGAAGAGUGGGAAGACACGGACUCUUCGGACGGGGAAGCCAGUUCCUCCGACGAGCAGCAGAUCGUCGUGAAGGUCACCACGGUCACCGGAGGUGGUAUGGGAGUGUCAGAAUUGAAAUCCACAAAGUUGAAAUAAUCUGUGACGCAUAAAACGGACACCACUAUUCGCCUAGUUUCCAAGUGGCGCAUGACAAAUUUAGGUAGAACCGAAAUCCAGUUUGUAAUGCUGUUUGGGUAAGGAAGACGCCUUUUGUCAUGCUACUUUAGCAGCUCUAUCUCUACCCCGCAACAGGCUUACAAUCUGCAUCCCAUGCGUCCUCUGCAAUAGAGGCAACUUCUGUGUUGCAUUUUAUGCAUGACAAAUUAUUUCAACUUUGAGGAUUUCGAUCCUGACGCUUCCAUAGGUGGAGAUGGUGCAGGUGGUAUGGACGCAACGCAGAAAAUGCUGACCGCCGGUAUGACCCGCUCAAAUGUUUCAAUCUCAAACGUUACAAUAGAAUCUGGUUUUUGUAUUGCAUGAUGAGCAUGACAGACCCGCACAGCGUUCCAAUUUCUGCAUUGCAAAUAUCGCCAGAUUGUAGUGGGGUUUAGGGCUCCGCAACUUGUCAUGCGCAAUCAUAUGAGAGUUGGCUAGAUCAUGCACCUCUUGCAUCACAGAUUUCCAUAUUCUAUUGUGACGUUUGAGAUUGUAACGCCUGAGCGGGUUAUAGCCGGCAAAAGGUCUCCGGUGACCAGUGGGAGUCCAAAUGUCCAAAUCACCGGGACCGGGAAAGGCAACGUGAAGGUGGUUGGUGACGGCCACGGCGGCGACGACAGUUACGACGGUUCGGAUUCGGAAUCUGCUGCCGCCGCUUAGGAAAAGAGCUUCCUGUGAAUGUGCAACAUCAUUGACUUGUACGGAAAAAGUGAAAGAAUAAGAACUUGUAUUAAGUUAUUUUCCUGUACCUCCUACGGACGACGACGACUCGAUUGAAUUGCAAUUGAUGAUCAAAGUUUAAUAAAUACGUUUCAUUGUAGGGUCUGAAAACUCGUCUCCGGCCUCCUCGACGGACGACUCACUGCAGCAGUACCCAAAAAGUAGUGAUAAGACCGUUGUUAAGAAGACCACGACUUUUGUUGCACAGUUGCUUUUCCAAGAAUACUAACUCAUCAGUUUUUUGCGAAACUCAACUACAAAUAUUACAGAGCUAAAAACGAUGCGUCCUGUAUGAUAUCCAACAUUGCAAGAUGAAAAAGAGUUUCAGCUACAGUAGAUUCGCUUUGCAAAAACAGCUGCUUCCCGCUUGUACUAAGACUAAAAGAGAUAGAGAGCGAAUACUGGUGAGGUCAAGAACCUUCUUGUAUGAUAGCUCCGACCAGCCGUCUCUGUCUCUGUGCCCCCCACCCCAGGCAUGUACAUAGGUGAGACUGAAUUUUUGUAAAGUGGAAAAGACAGUGAUGAAUGCGCUAAUAUUCUAGGCUGGUCCCGGAAGAGGGGCG